UAAAACAAACGCUGGUCCGCCAAUUACAUGCUCUUUUCGUCUUUGUACCCUAAAACGUUAAGGGCUUAGAACCUUUUUCUUCUCUGAGGCUCCGAAGCUCCUCUCCCCUACUGCAAACCCUAAAACAGUAAGGGCUUAGAGCCUUUCUCUUCUUGAAGCUCCUCUCCCUGCUGCAAUUUUUGCUUGUUGAGAUUGCAGCGAGCCGCUCUGUGUCUCUCUUUAAAGAUGGCAAACAAUAUGGUGAGGUCGUUCCGUGAUAUUGCGGCUACUCAGGAGGUUGCUUCCCCACUCAGGGUUGUGCAAAUUGAUGGACUGGUUAUUUUGAAGAUUAUUAAACAUUGCAAAGAAUUUAUGCCAUCUCUAGUUACAGGGCAGCUUCUUGGUUUGGAUGUUGGUAGUUGUCUUGAGGUUACCAAUUGCUUUCCAUUUCCGAGUCGAGAAGAAGAUGAGGAAAUUGAAGCUGAUGGAGCAAAUUAUCAGCUUGAAAUGAUGAGGUGCUUGAGAGAAGUUAAUGUUGAUAAUAACACCGUUGGAUGGUACCAGUCAACAUAUAUGGGAUCAUUUCAGACAGUGGAGUUAAUAGAAACAUUUAUGAAUUACCAGGAGAAUAUUAAAAGGUGUGUCUGCAUUAUAUAUGAUCCUCAGCGGUCUAGUCAGGGGGUUCUGGCUCUCAAAGCAUUGAAGCUUUCUGAUUCUUUCAUGGAUCUUUAUCGCUAUAACAAUUUCUCAGGAGAAAAGUUGAGGGAGAAAAAUCUGUCAUGGGUAGACAUCUUUGAGGAAAUACCUGUUAAAGUUUCCAACUCUGCCCUUGUUAGUGCUUUUAUGACUGAGCUAGAAGCAGAUGCACCUGUUAGCCAGUGUGAUUAUGAUCGUUUGGUUUUAUCAACAAAUCCAUUUAUGGAGCGGAACUUGGAGUUUUUGGUAGAAUGCAUGGAUGAUCUUUCUAUGGAACAGCAGAAGUUCCAAUUCUAUUACCGCAAUCUUUCACGUCAGCAAGCCCAACAGCAGGCAUGGCUACAAAAAAGGAGGGCUGAGAACAAGGCACGGAAAGAUGCUGGAGAAGAUCCAUUACCUGAAGAAGAUCCAUCAAAUCCUAUAUUCAAGCCAGUUCCAGAGCCAUCACGCUUGGACAGCUUCCUUAUAACUAAUCAAAUUUCUAACUACUGCAACCAGAUAAAUGGGUUUGCAGGGCAGAGUUUUAGCCGAAUUUAUUUGAUGGAUGCAAUCCAUGACAAUUGAGCUGUUAAAUAUCCAGUUUGACGUUGUCAGGUUUGGAAACUGCAUUUCCUUGGAAUUUUGCGUGAGGUCAAGGAAAGAGGAUACAUUAAUUUUCACUUCCUGCCAUUACUAGAAAGUGUUACAACAUUGUUUUGUCAAGAACUUGCUCCAGUUUUCUGUUUUAAUAGUAAAACAUGUUUCUCUCGGAUUUCACCUUUC